UUUUUUGACUUCUCAUCAGUUAGAGCCUCAUCUUGUUGGCUCGUCGAUUUGUCAUCUUGAAGUUUGUCGUCUUGCUUCUUCGAAUUGUCAAUUGGAAGAUUAUCAUCCCGCUUCAUCGAUGAAUCUUUCGGGAGUCCAUUCUCUUGGUCGUUCGGUUUGUCUUUCGGCACUCCAUCUUCGUGCUUGCGCGACUUGUCUUCGGGGAGCCCGUUUUCCUGAACUUUUGAGCUAUCCCUUGACAACUCGCCUGCUUCUUUCUUCGAACGGUCUUUCGAUCUUUUCCUUCGCGGAGGAGAGGCAGGCAAAGACUGUGUCAAUUGAUCAUCAAUGCGGCGAUUGAGUUCCUAAAUCAUUCCUUAGUAUUUGAACCGACAUCAAUGGAGUACGGG